AGGUAAAAUGGAUUAAAAAAGUGCAUUAGAUGGUGUGUAAAAAUGAAAGUGAACAAAUACUCUGGGACGGAGGGAGUAUGACACAAUGACCUAUUCUCUCAGUGUUGUCCAGGGCCCCUAAUUUCUCGGAGACGGCCCUGUGUAUAUCAUUUAAUAUAAAAUUUGAGAGUUGAUUAAUUAAAAUUAUGAUGUAUAAGAGGUUUAAUUUUUUAACCGCCCUUUCACGCCUCAAUACUUAGAAAGUCCAGCCGUUCGGCCGAAAGGUUUGUCGUUCCAGGCAAUUCAGUUCUCCAAGAAUCUUUGGGUUUUCCAGUUGGACUCAAUCCGACGCCGAAAUUCGCACCGGAUUGAUCUGGGGAUGGGGGUCGAGAUUGAACGGUUGAGAACAGUGUGGACUCCGGAUAUGGACAGAUAUUUCGUGGACCUGAUGUUGGAGCAGAUGGGGCCCAAGUUUAUGAAUGAAAAAGGACUAAAUCAUGUUACAUUUUCAACUCCAGAUGGAGCACUGAAGGCUACUCCAGCAAUGGGGAUAGUCGAUGCAAUUGUAGACCUUGUGAGCUAUGGAACAACUUUGGGAGAGAACAGUGUGAAAGAGAUUGCAGGUGGAGUCAUCUUGCAAAUUCAGAGUUUGCACCUCAUGAUCCUAAAUUCAACUGAUGCAACCUGUAUCUCAACCAUCCAAAGAACAAGUAGGAGGUUGGUUGAACAUCAUGGUGCUCCUUUAGAAGCACUUCAAAUGUUGGGCCAAGAUAGUGUCCAGUGCCUGCUUAAUAUGGGGCCCAAGUUUAUGAAUGAAAAAGGACUAAAUCAUGUUACCUUUUCAACUCCAGAUGGAGCACUGAAGGCUACUCCAGCAAUGGGGAUAGUCGAUGCAAUUGUAAACCUUGUGAGCAGUGGAACAACUUUGGGAGAGAACCAUCUGAAAGAGAUUGCAGGUGGAGUCAUCUUGCAAAUUCAGGUAAUUUUUCAGCCUCUAAUGCUAAUGGGUUUUUGUGUUCUACUAAUGUGAAUGUGGAGUGACACACGGUAGCCAGAAAAUGUAUGGCUAUAAGCAACUUGAGUUCACAAUGGUCCAAAAUUUUUAGAAACUGCAGACCUGCCUUUUCCAGUUUCCAUCCCAUUUAUAGCCCGUGCCUGCACUUCCUGUUGCUCGCUCUCUUGCCCUCAAACUUGGGUCGACUACGAAUACCAGAUCUAUUCUACACAUUUGCCUUUCGCUUACUAUAUACGUCUAGUGGCUUUCUUUACGUUUACCAAGGAGUACAUGAUUUAUGGAUUGCAUCUGAACACUAUGCAGGAUCAAGUAAAUGAUACUCUGCGGUAUAUUCUAAUAUGCAGUAGCAUCUCAAAACUAUGCUGAAGUAUUUCAUGUCUGAUGAGAAGUUUAUACGAUUUUGGCAUACCUUUCGUUUUUCCCUUGGCUGAGGAGUAGUAUGGUUUGUGUAAUUUGGUUCCUACACAAUGUCACUUUCAUUCACAACCUUAUUCUUUACUUUCCG